GGCCUGUGGCCAGGGGUGGCUAUGGGAUCCUGCCCUGAAGAGCAGUACUGGGACCCCCUGCUGACCACCUGCGUCUCCUGCAGGUUGACUUGCAGCCUUCGGAGCCAGCGCAUCUGCACAACCUUCUGCAAGUCCUUCAGUUGCCGCAAGGAACAAGGCAAGUACUACGACCACCUCCUGAGAGACUGCAUCAGCUGCAUCUCCACCUGUGGGCAGCACCCUAAGCAAUGUGCAUAUUUCUGUGAGAACAAGCUCAGAAGCAGAGGGAAUCUCCUCCCAGAGAUCAGGAGACAGCAGAUGGGUCAGGUGGAAGCCAGGACAGAUAAUUCGGGAAGGUUCCAGGGACUGGAGCACAGAGGCUCGGAGGCAGGUCCAGCACCUCUAGGACCCAAGUUGAGCGCUGACCAGCUGGUCCUGGUCUACAGCACUCUGGGGCUCUGCCUCUGUGCCAUACUCUGCUGCUUCCUGGUGGCGGUGGCCUGCUUCUUCAAGAGGAAGGGGGAUCCGCUCUCCAGUCAACCCCCUACAGGGCCGCGCAGACCACCAGCCAAAGCCUCCCACGACUCCUCCAUGGAAGCUGGCAGCGCUGCGGGCGCGUUGCCCGAGCCAGUGGAGACUUGCAGCUUCUGCUUCCCGGAGCGCAGGCCACCCACCCAGGAGAGUGCGGGCGAGACCACGGACCUCACCGGCACAAGCCCACAGCCAUGUGCGCGCGCCCCCGACGAAGGCCUUAGAGUCGUGUGCGCGCCCGCCCAGGACGCUGGCCCUGGCGCGUGA